AUGUCCAUCCUUCAAGCGCUUGAGAGCACGAUAUACGUAGCUUUCGAUGCGCCCUUGAAGAAGACCUUUCAAAUUCGAUCGUGUGUUCUUUGUCCAGAUGCGCAGCUUAAAAACGACAAGGACACGCAGGAUCACGUUUCCAGCCAGGUGGGUAGCUGGGCAAGUGACAUCCGCACAGCUGCCGCAAGUCUUCAUGAUUCUGACGUUUGAACAUCCACAGGCACAUGCAAAGCGACUCGUCAAGUUCGAAGCAUACAUUGGGGAGAACUUGUCGGAGAAGGAAAGGACGGCGCCGCCUUCUGAGGGAGGUGCAGAUCCCCGUCACAUCGUCGCCGAAAUUGCAGCGGCGUCGCGGCGAGCAGAGGCAGCCCGGAAGAAGCACAGACAAGCCAAGGUAAGUCGCUAGUAUCCACGAGCGCCAACCAGAUCGAAUGACGCUGACACCGCCCGCUCAAACGCAGCCUUCGUCUUCAAAGACCUCGAUCAGAAGCGGUGCAGCACCGAAGAAAAAGGACGGACUGACAAAGAGCGAGAGGAGGCGAGCUUACAAAGCCGCGCAGAAAGCCAAAAAGGAAGAGAAGCGCAAAGCGAGAGCAGGUCUACAGAGUCGGGCAGCGUUGCUUACUGAGGCCAAUUCCUCGACGUUCGGGAAGGCUUCAGGGGCAAAAAGUCCCGCCGCCAAGAAAAAGAAAGCGACCUCACGAGAUGAGGAUGACGGCGCCAAGAAGAUCGACAGCGGGGAGGUAGAAAUAUCCACAACGGCCACCAAGGUGUCUAAGAAGCGGAAGGAUCAAAGUGCAGAGCCAUCCCACGCCUCAAAGUUGUCCGGCGCAGCUCUCGAAAUUGCAAGUGACAAGAAGGCAGCGAAGAAAGCUAAGAGAAAUUCGGCUUCGGAUCUGCGCCAUCCAUAG